AGCCGCUUGUGUCCUGCUGGGCAAGGAGCCCAGCAGCCGGAGGGAACAAUGUGCUCCUCCCCUGGCAUGAGGCCAUGGGGGGCCAGAGGCUGGGCUGAUGCUGGAGCAGUCACUAUGAGCUGGAGGGAAGUUGAGGCAUGAAGGUGUGAAGGGACCCCCUCCAAGUGAUGGAGCAGAAGGUUCAGGCAGGGAUGGCAGAGAUAUCCUGGUGUCUGGGCACCAGCUCUUGCCCUUUAGCAUCCCGGGCUGAGUCCCAGCGCUGCCCUGGGCAUGUCCCGCCUACCCACAGCAAUGGGAUGCACUCCUGCACCUGGGUGGCCUGAUCCCAGUCCCCUGUGUCCUCCUCCGUGGGAGCAACCGGGAUAUUAAGUGUCGUUGCUGCAGGGAGAAAUACAAGUGGAAGAAUCCCGGGAAACAGGUUCUACCCCUCCGUCCGGUGCCGGCGGCAGGCCGGCGGCUGCGGCGGCGCUCCUCCCUCGGCAAAGGCAUAUAAUGCCUGCCAUGGUCCCAGCAGCCGGCACUGCGCGGCAGGAGGCGGGCAGGGAAGCAGGCAGUGAGCGAUGGCCUCCAUGGGCAUGCAGGUGCUGGGCAUCGCCCUCUCCGUCAUCGGCUGGUUGGCCUCCAUCCUCUGCUGCGCGCUGCCCAUGUGGCGGGAGACAGCCUUCGUCGGCAACAACAUCGUGGUGGCGCAGAUCGUCUGGGAAGGGCUGUGGAUGAGCUGCGUGGUGCAGAGCACGGGGCAGAUGCAGUGCAAGGUCUAUGACUCGCUGCUGGCCCUGCCACAGGACCUGCAAGCCGCCCGUGCCAUGGUGGUGGUGGCCAUCGUCCUGGCCAUCCUGGGCACCCUGCUGGCCGUCACCGGCGGCAAAUGCACCAAUUGUGUGGAGGAUGACACCGCCAAAGCCAAGGUCAUGAUCCUCUCCGGCAUCAUCUUCAUCGUCGCCGGUAUCCUCAUCCUCAUCCCCAUCUCGUGGUCAGCCAACAGCAUCAUCCAGGACUUCUACAACCCACUGGUCACUGACUCGCAGAAGCGGGACCUGGGCUCGUCCCUCUACGUGGGCUGGGCAGCCUCGGCGCUCCUGCUGCUUGGGGGGGGGAUCCUGUGCUGCACCUGCCCCCCCCGUGGGGAGAAGCCCUACUCUGCCAAGUUCACGGCUGCUCGCUCGCUGCCAGCCAGCAACUACGUGUAG